CAAAAUAAUUCAGAAAUUGAUACUCAUUGCUUUGGACUUGAUUUCACAAUACAAAAGAUGCAAUGAGUCACCAUGGUAGCAACUUUCUCCCCAUCAUGUGGAGAUAUUGACACUAUUAUAAUUCCCACCAAAUCCCAUCAACAACAGUAUCUAACACUUCUGGCAGUCAUUCCCAUAUAUAAAGCACAAUUCUCAUACACAUAAAAUUUCCAUAUCCUCAUAUUCGUGACUUACAUCAACUCUCUCUCACAUCUCCCUCAUCUUUAAGAUAUGGUUUUGGUUGGUAGUAGUGGCGACAAAGAUAGAACAGCUCUAGUGGAUUUUCAAGGAAAUCCUGUUGAUAAUUCGCGAACAGGUGGAUGGUUGGCUGCAGGCCUCAUCCUAGGAACGGAACUUUCUGAGAGGAUAUGCGUGAUGGGAAUAUCUAUGAACAUGGUUACGUAUUUAGUAGGGGAAAUGCAUUUAUCUUCGUCAAAAUCUGCAAAUAUAGUGACAAACUUUAUGGGCACUCUCAAUAUCCUUGGUCUCCUAGGUGGUUUUUUGGCAGAUGCCAAACUUGGUCGUUAUUUGACUGUUGCAAUCUUUGCAUCUAUUGCUGCUCUGGGAGUUGCACUAUUGACGGUUUCCACAAGUAUCGCCAGCUUAAAACCCCCUCCAUGUGAUGAUUCAAGAAGAAAUACCUGCAUUAAGGCAAAUGGAAGCCAGCUAGCAAUGCUUUACCUGGCACUCUAUACAAUUGCUUUGGGAGGUGGCGGUAUAAAAUCAAAUGUCUCUGGUUUUGGGUCUGAUCAGUUUGAUGCAUCGAACCCCAAGGAGCAUAAGGCCAUGGUUUACUUCUUCAAUAGGUUUUAUUUUUGCAUCAGCCUUGGGUCGCUAUUUGCUGUGACUAUUCUGGUUUAUAUACAAGAUAAUGUGGGAAGAGGUUGGGGCUAUGGAAUAUCGGCAGGGACAAUGAUAGUGGCAGUGGCAGUUUUGCUAGGUGGAACGAAAUUGUAUCGUUUCAGGAAACCACAAGGUAGUCCAUUAACUACAAUAUGGAGAGUGGUGUAUUUGGCUUGGAAGAAGCGGAGUAUUCCCUUUCCUUCUCAGAAUAGCUUUUUAAACGAGUACCACACUUCAGAAGUUGCACAUACACAAAGGCUCAGGUGUCUAGACAGGGCAGCAAUCCUUGAUGAUCAAGUGGUGGCAAGUGGUAACACAAACAAUCCUUGGUUGGUUUCUACUGUGAUGCAAGUUGAAGAAGUAAAAAUGGUUCUGCAACUCAUCCCCAUAUGGUCUACAUGUAUCCUUUUUUGGACAAUAUACUCUCAAAUGAACACUUUCACGAUUGAGCAAGCAACUUUCAUGAAACGAAAUGUUGGUUCAUUUGAAAUCCCUGCAGGUUCAUUCUCGGUUUUCCUGUUCCUCACAAUUCUUCUCUUUACAUCCUUAAACGAAAGAGUAAUUGUCCCUAUGGCGCGGAAAAUUACUCACGAACCUCAAGGGCUAACAAGCCUUCAGCGAGUAGCAAUUGGGCUUCUUUUCUCAGUGGCUGGUAUGGUAGCUGCUGCUAUCAUUGAAAAGAGAAGGAGAGAGAUGGCAGUCCACGAGAACACCCGAAUCACUGCUUUCUGGUUAGUCCCCCAGUUCUUCAUAGUUGGUGCAGGGGAAGCAUUUGCUUAUGUUGGCCAGCUGGAAUUUUUCAUUAGAGAAGCACCGGAAAGGAUGAAAUCCAUGAGCACAGGAUUGUUCCUAAGCACUUUGGCAAUGGGGUAUUUCGUCAGUAGCUUGUUGGUAACUUUGGUAGUUGCGGCAACUGGGAAAAGUUGGCUUAGGAACAACCUUAACAAAGGUAAGUUGGAGAACUUUUAUUGGAUGCUUGCGGUCUUGGGAGUCAUUAACUUCAUUGUUUUUCUUGCCUUUGCAAGAAGACAUCAAUACAAAGUUCAGCAGUCAGAAGUUCCCGCAAAGGGUCUGGAAAAAGAACUAAACAAUUGGCAGGAGGGCGAGUUUAUUGAUGACAUUGAAAAGAAAGCAGUGGGUGUGGAAAAAGAAGUACCCUGAUCCUUUCAUCCAUUGGGAGAUUUAUGUGCGUGUUUUUAGUGCUAAAUUAAGUAUCUAUUUCAUGGAAAUAUGUAAAAUCAAGGUCAUGUUCAUUAUUCAUGUGCAUAAA